GCUCCGGAGAGGCGCUCGGUGCAUUGUGCUGGCGUCCUGCUUCGGGCCCCCAGCGCGCAUGCGUCAGGUCUGGCGUUGAAGUGUCCAAUAUGUCGCUGGAAGAUCCGUUCUUCGUAGUCAAGGGGGAGGUCCAGAAGGCGUUGUCUCGUGCCAGGAGCCUUUACGAACGCUGGGAGGAGCUUCUGGAGGAGGGCACUCAGGUGAGCAAAGAUGAGCUGGACUGGAGCACCAAUGAACUGAGGAACUGUCUCAGAGCCAUAGACUGGGACCUGGAGGACCUGAGUGAAACCAUCAGUAUCGUUGAGUCCAACCCGGGGAAGUUCCGUCUGGGGGAGAAUGAGUUGCAGGAGAGAAGAGACUUUGUGGAGCGAACACGGCAGGCCGUACAGGAGAUGAAGGAUCAACUCUCCAGUCCCUCUGUUGUGGCCCAGGCAGAGAAGAAGAACAGACAGGCUCUGAUGGGUGCGUCUGGGCAGGACAGGUCUGAUGGUCUGGAGUCUCACCUGGUGUCAACCAACUCCAGAUACAUCCAGGAUCAACAGGAACAGCAGCAGUUGAUCAUGCAGGACCAGGAUGAGCAGUUGGAACUGGUGACAGGAAGCAUCAGAGUACUGAAAGACAUGUCAGGACGCAUCGGAGAUGAACUAGACCAACAGGCUGUUAUGCUAGGAGAGUUUGGAGAGGAGAUGGACCAGACAGGUUCUAGGAUGGACUCUGUCCUCAAGAAGAUGGAGAAAGUCUCCCACAUGACCAGCAGUAGGAGACAGUGGUGUGCCAUUGGAGUACUGGUGGUCAUCAUGGUAGUGGUUCUCAUCCUCUUCUUCACCCUCUGAGUAUGGACCUCUCUUCACUACACGACUCUACCGCACUCACCCACUCCUUCCUGGGGAUGAACCAUGAAAUGGAUGAAGGGAUGAAUGGAGGCAUCGAUAUAGGAAACAAGGAAUCCAAUCCAACCCUCGUCUUUCCUUUGUCAUAGAAUUCAGUCUCUGAAUAAUCUAUAUUUCUGGUACUCAUCACUUUGUCUCUCUCUCUCUGGGUUUCUGUCUCUCUCUCUGGGUUUCUGUCUCUCUCUCUGGGUUUCUGUCUCUCUCUCUCUGGGUUUCUGUCUCUCUCUGGGUUUCUGUCUCUCUCUCUGGGUUUCUGUCUCUCUCUCUCUGGGUUUCUGUCUCUCUGGGCUUCUAUCUGUCCCCGUUUCCCACCUCUCUCACCACCCAUAUCAAAGGAGAGCAGUGAGAUGACGGUUACAUUCUAUUAUAUAUUCAGGCAAAGCUAAGAUGUCUCGUGUGUGUGUGAAUGAUGGUACAGACUUGGGAGGAGGGAGGGAGAUGUCAAUGUUGCCUUAUCUAUUUUUAUACGUCUAUGAGAUGAUCUAUGGUCUUCAUCCCAAAUAGAACCCUAUUCCCUACAUAGUGCACUACUUAGGACUGGUGAAAUCACCUACAUCCUAGAUCAGUUGUUAGGUCAACUUCUACCUUGUUCCAAAUCAUCUGGCCCGUUGGAAUAGCUUUAUCAUAGGAGGUAGAAGCUACCCCUAGACAUGUUUUAUGUAGUUUCCCCUUCUGGAUAAAGGAUUUGAGGAUAGUGAUCUGAUCCCAGAUCUGUGGAGAUGGGAAAGGUCAAGCCUAUGGUGAUAGCUUUACCAUAGUAACAGUUGGAGUUCUGGGUUGCUGGGCAGGAAAUUAGCAGCACAAGUUAAUUUGAAGCUCUUUCGCCCCCUAGCGGACAUUAAUGGCCAUGUCCACAUGUCAUAAUGUGAGAUACCACACUGACUGAUGUGAUCUCACAUUUUGAGUUUUUGGGGGAGUGCUGAUAUAGGAUCAGUUUUGCCUCCUACUCUGAGAUGCUUGAUGACCCUGAGGUGCAUUUUAUGCUAUUGUGUAAAUAAAUCUAAAUGUAAUGCUUGACAUUGUGGGAUGUGGACUUAUUUGGCCAUUCUCAAGACACAUCUCUCUAUGGGAGAGUUUCCUGCCUGGUGUCUUUUGGUUGGCACUGCCACCUUGGUCCCAAUGGUACCCGUUUGUGUGGGAUGGUUGGUUUAAUCUGUUCAUUUGCGAUUGGUUGUGUAUUUAGGGUUCCUGAGUGGCACAGUGGUCGAAGGCACUGCAUCGCAGUAACUACAGACCCUGGUUCGAUUUCAGGCUGUAGCGUAACCGGCCGUGAUUGAGUCCCAUAGGGCGUCACACAAUUGAUCCAGCGUCGUCGUAAAUAAGAAUUUAACUGACUUGCCUAGUUAAAUGAAUUUACAUUGUACUGAUUGAAUCACUCAAGUAUUUUUCCAUUCUGUUUGAUCAGUUUGAAAGGUUGUAGCUCUGUUCUACUGAAAACUGUACUGGUUUCCAUCUAUCACAUUGUCCAAUGAUUUAGGUUUAUUAGGAACUCUCUCAGGGUGCAUUGACUGGUGUAAUAGGCCCUGUUCUAAUACCUCCUUCACCUAUUCCUCAAGGAAAUCACCACUGAUCUAACACGAUCUGGUUGGUCAGAGGACGCAGUGGAAAGUAGCCUAAAUUCCACCUAUCCAACUUUGUCAGAUCAGUGAUUGUGCACAAACAAGGUUGCAUUAGAAGGGUUUGAACAGGGCCUGAUUCUUCCAAGUCAAAAAGGAAAAGGUUAGCUAGCAUUUAUCCACUUCAAUGACCAGUGUUUCUCCAGCUAUGGAAAUGACUAACCAUUCAAGAGUUAUUGUGGGAAGAAUGUAUUGUGUAAAUAGCAUACAAAAUGGCCGCCUUCCUGCUUUUGUUUGCUUGCAUGUUGAAGGGGAGUUUAGAACUGUAUUUUGUUGCCAUGUGAGUGCAGUUCACAUUGGUGAAAGGUUGGUUUCAUUGAAUUCAGUGUAAUGUUUUCCAAAGUCUAUGAAUUCUAUUUGCCUCUUAACCCGAACAACAUGUGCUGUAGUUGUCGGCCACCCUGUCUAUGAAUGAACAUAGGAGUCAUUUCAAAUGCUUUGCCGGAUCCGCCUGAAACGUCAAGGAAACACUCCUUUUUUGUACGAUAAAUGUUUUGCCGUCAUUGUAGUUUCUUGAUGAAAAUGAACACUUGUUCUUAAUAAAUCAUAUGCUUUUAAA